AUGGCAAAUAAAAAUAUUUACAAAAAAGGGAAAGUUUAUUCUUCCAAUCCUUUUUCUAAAAUAAUUGAAAUGACAAAAGGAAAAGAUGAAAUUGAAACGGAAAAGUCAACACAGGAGCAAAAGGAUUUGGUUAAUUCUUUGACAAUUGAAUUAGACAAAAUAUUAUAUAAAAAUUUUGAAGAAGAAGAAGAGAAAAAUAAUAUUGAGGAAGUGAAAAACGUUGAAAAUAAAAAUAAUAAUUUGGAAGAAGAAUUGCCGCCUGAAGGAUUAAAUUUAAAUGAUGUAAAGGAUAUUAAAAUGACUACUAAAUUUAUGAAUAAAUUAAAUUUCAAUGAACAACAAAAAAAUAAAGUUAAAAAGGAGAAUAUUAAGGAAGUGAAGAAUGUUGGAAAUAAAUUGGAAGCAUCACUUCCAAAAGGGUUAAAAUUAAAUGAUUUGGAAAAUAUUAAAAUGAUUGCUAAAUUUAUGAAUAAAUUAACUCUUUCUGAACAGCGAAAAGUUAACUUUCCCAAAGCAAUAGAACUUUUAGUUGCUUUACAUGAAAGUGAUAGAAUUAUUGAGAAUAAAAAUAAAAUGUGUGAUAAUAAAAAUUUAAUUUAUUUGAAAAAAGAUGGAGGGCAAAUAGAGGAAAUUGAGGAAUAUUUGCGUGAUAUUGUUAAUAUUAAAAAGGCAAAAUUUUUAUAA